AUGAACGCCAUCCUCAUCGGGGUCUUCGCGGCGUAUCUGAAUGUACCCAGCCACAUCUCCAACGCAGGCUUCAACGUGGCAAACCUGCCGAAUGUGUUCCUUGCGCUGAUGGGCGCCAUCUCCGACUCCAGGCCAAUCCUUGGACUUCAUCGGAGGCCCUACAUGGCUUUGGGCUGGUGCCUCACCUUUCUGUCCUUCAUGGUCAUGGCGUGGCUCGGUUUGCCUGCACCGUACUACUGCCAUGCUGCGGAUGGUACUUACGACUACACGCAGGAGCCCUGCAACCCCAAAGCGGCCACUGCCUACGUGUCGCUGAUGGUGUGCCUCUUCCUCACCAGCGUUGGCCUCUGCCUCUCCUCGGCCGCGGGCAACGGGCUGAUGGUGCAAUACGCCAAGGCGGAGCCGGAGGCCGAGCGAGGGCGCGCUCAGGCGCAAAUGAACAUGGUGAACCUCUGCGGCCAGUUCGCCGGGGUGUCAUUGGCCGCCUUCGGCUUUAACGGCCGUCUCUUCUCCGGCAGCUUCGACCAGCGCACGCAGAUGGGCUUCUCCCAGUACUGCACUGUGUUUGUGGCCGUGGCGGGCGUCACGAGUUUCUUCAGCGGCCUGUAUGUGCGCGAGCCCUUGAUGGAGAGAAGCUCAUUGAGGAGCUACUGUCAUGAUAGCCUGCAGCUGAUGGAAAGCAAGGCCUUUGGUGCGAUCGGCCUCUACUUCUUCCUGAGCAGCAGCAUCUUCCUGAUCAACACCAAUGCCACGGUUUGGGUGAUGCUGGAGUGGGCUCAGGUGAAGAUGCUGCAGAAGCAGCUCUUCUCGCUCUUGGGUGUGCUAGUUUCACUCUUCGGCACCUGGCUCACCCAGAAGUACCUCCUGCAAUGCAACUGGAGGACGAUCAUCGUGGCCACCACCUUGGCCACGGUGGCGCUGGACAGCGUGCCCCAGUUUCUGACCAUCUUCGACGUGAUUCGGAAUCAGUACUUCUACCUGGGUGAGCCCAUCACCUCCAACGUGCCAGUUGCCAUGAGCAACUUGGUGCAGACGUUCCUUGUCAACGAGGUGGCGGACGAGUCGAACUGCGCGCUGGUCUCGGGGCUGGUGAUGAGCAUCGCCUCGGUGGGUCAGCCCUUGGCGAUCCUACUGGGGAAUCAGAUCUUCACGGUCUUCCACCCCUCCCUCACGGAGCGUCAGAACUACAUCGAGGACGCGCCAUCCUUCCGGCGCACGGUGGCGCUGUCCUACGUUGUCUCCUACGGCUUCUCCCUGGGAGCGCUGGUCCUUCUGCCGUUGCUGCCGUCGCAGAAGGCUGCGGCCCAACGCCGGAAGCAGCAGUGGUCCCACCGCAGAAGCUAUGCCCUUUGGGCACUGGUGGUCUUGUCCUUGGCCUUCGCCUACGCGCUCGCGGGGGACCUUCUGAUCUUGGACCCCACCAUGGCGUGUCUUCGCUUCCUGGGGGGCGAAGGAUGCUGA